AUGCCGCGCCGUCGAGGUAAGUCGAAAUGCUGCCCCGGAGCUGUGGUACCCGCCUGAGCAUUCCUGACCUUGUGCGCUCUCACUAGUCCUCAGCUUCAUGUCGCAAUGGGGCGGCAACAGCUCACCCCGAUCGCACACCCCCGAGCCGACGCUGAACAACGAGAACACCGUGCCACCCAAGAAAAACCCACCACUCAACGUCGACACCGUCUCGCCCUCAGUACUGCAGAAGAAGCUGGAUGCGAAUGCCCCGCAGUCUCCGCGCUCGCCCACAACUCCCUCCAGAGCAAGAGCCGACUCUCGCGCCAACACCCGUCCCAACAGCAUGAUCCAGACAUACCAGCCGCCGCAGGUCGAGGUCGCUCAGGACACGCCGCCUGAGUUGCAGCCUAUCUUCAGCUUCCUGAACAGCCACAGCAAUAAGCUGUACAAUGAAGGCUACUUCCUCAAACUGCAUGAUCUCGAUACCCGCGGCAGACCCAGCGCGGACAGGGUAUGGACAGAGUCCUUUGCCCAGUUGGUGGGCACGGUGCUUUCACUGUGGGAUGCCGCGGCCCUGGACCAGGCCGGCGAGGAUGGCGAGGUCGUGCCUACCUUCAUCAACCUCAGCGAUGCGUCGAUUAGGAUGGUAAGAGCAGAAACACUGUAUGGGCAGGCCAAUAUCAUGUGCUGACUGAGGGUUAGAUCGAAUCUCUACCCAUGAAUGGAGCGGCAGGUGGCAGUCUCCAGAAUGUGCUCAGCGUGUCAACCGCAGCGAAUAACCGCUACCUGCUACAUUUCAACUCACUGAAUUCUCUUACCCAGUGGACUGCAGCCAUCCGACUUGCCAUAUAUGAGCAUUCGACCCUCCAAGAGGCUUACACGGGCUCUCUCAUUGCAGGAAAGGGCAAGUACUUGAAUAACAUUAAAGCCAUCAUGGAUCGUUCGAAAUUCGUACACGACGACUGGGCACGAGUGCGAUUCGGAGCUGGCACACCGUGGAAGCGGUGUUGGUGCGUCAUCGCUCCGCCAGAUGAGAAGGAGUAUCAAAAGGCACAGAAAACCUCGAAGAAAACCUCGACAUACAGCCGCGCACAACCACCAAAGGGCGAGAUCAGAUUCUAUGACACUCGAAAAGUGACGAAGAAGACGAAAGCAAUUGCCACGAUCAAGGAUGCCUUCGCUGCCUAUGCGAUCUAUCCGCAAUCGAAGCCGCUCAUUGAUCAGUCGACUCUGGUCAAGCUCGAGGGCAUCGUAACGAUACACGGCGAGAAGGAGAAGGAUGACGCCACCACAGAAGGCUUCGUCUUUGUGAUGCCUGAAGUGCAUGCCGCAGUCAGUGGGUUUGAAAUGAUGCUUAGAUGGCUGUUUCCAGUCUACGACACCUUUGCCCUUUACGGCCGCCCCAACCGUCUCAUCGCGGAUACGCUCGACCAGCGCGGCUUGAUGUUUGCCAUGCCUAGCAAUAGACGAUAUGGCUAUCUCGAUACUCUGGAUGUGUCCGGCCUCAUUCACACCGAAGGAAGUCACGACUGGAGCGAACGCCAAUGGCGCAAAGAGAUGAAGAAACUUACCUCGACCAGGAUGAUGAACCAGGUGGACGGCUCGCCUCGCAACAGCAGGCAGAUCAGUCAGCGUCGUAACAGGUUGAGCCGUUCUUCUCUGCCUCCUGGCCGCCAUGGUGCGGUCACAUUCGAAGAUUCAGGCAUCCAUUCAUCACCAGGCUCGAGAUCUGCCUCGCCCGUGCAGGCGCAGACCCCAGACAGGUUCGCACUACCUAAGCGGACAGAUUCGGCGCCGCCUGAAGCCAUGAUGGGAAGCUCACACAAGCGUUCCGUAUCUGAAGCUUUGGAUUACCGCCGAUACAGAACUGAGACACCAUCACGACUCUCGCACGAGCAAAGCAGAGGGGUUGAUGACGAUGAACCACCUGCUCCGCCCAGACACGCAGGCGCACUUGGUGCUGCCCUCAGAGCGCCGCAUAAUACAGAUUCUCCAAUCGAUGCAGACCCUGCUUACGAGACCCUGGCUCAAGGGGCGGUUUCUCCGAACCUCAUGCCCCCAGAACCUGUCACUUCGCCUCCUGCGAUGCAACACAACCCAAACAGCCGUCCGCCGAACCAGCCGUAUCAAGCCCCCGAGCUUCGGCGCGCUCACUCGAACGUCGACGCAUCCACGCUUUAUCAGAUGCGGGAGGCUGCACACCCGCCAAAAGAUGACGAUGGCUCGGAGCCGCCCCAUAGUAGGGAUGGUAGUGCUCUGCCUUAUCGCAACCAGCUGAGCGUGCCUAACGAUGCUGCUCAAGCUUAUGUCGAUGCACCCGAGUACAGCAACGGCAACGGGCGAGCACGCGACCUGAGACCGAGGCUCAGUACAAUUCCAGGCUCGCCCUAUGCAGGCACCGACGGCGAAUACUUUGAAUCGCCACAGCAGGCGCAAAUGCCGCCUUUGGAUGGCGUCAUGAACCAGGGCAAUGGCUCCCGACCUGAGCUUGCGCAGUUGAAUUCAAGCGGCAGCGUGACUAGGAAACCAGUACCCAAGCAACAGCCACAAGACUCGACAGAAGCGGAGCAAAGCUCUUCGCGUCGUGAACAGGCCUCUCAGGUGCGUGCAAUGGACCCCGCCAACCCAGACUCGCCAGUCUCGAGACAGGGUAGUUUGUAUGAUGCAGUUGUUGACCAGGACGCCUUAGAACGCAUUUUGAACGAGGGCGAUCGUGCCAGCAGCUUAGCCACAUCAGCUACACCUGAUUAUGCUAGUGUCGAGAGCGACCCGAAACCCACAAAGCAACCUAAAGAGUGGGUGCGACCGGGAAAAAUGAAGACAGUUGGUGACCCCGACAUGCAACCGACUGAUUCUCGACACGACACGUAUAGCAGAGACCUAGCCGAGCGAGAUGCCGAGGUGCCUACCAUCAAUUUCGGACCUACGUUCACCUACAAGCCUAAUAAUCGCCCAGGCACGAGCGGUACCAUAACCCCUGGAGACAUGGAGCAACGCUCCAGGUCAAGGUCUGCGGACAGAUUACGACAAAGUCCGGGACCCAGACUGAGUGAAUAUUUCCCUGCUCCGAGCCCUGGAGAGAAUAAUCGCCAGUCGUACUUUGGGGGCAGAGCAACGCCCACUGGAAUCGAAGGAGCAGAGUCACCCGGGACCAAUAGACACAGCGUAGCGUGGACACCCAGCGGCAAUGCUCCCGGGACGCCUGGGACUGCCCACCAGAAACGCAUGACACUCACACCCGAAGAAUGGGUGCAGUAUCGAGCUGCUAUGAGCGGCAAUCCUCGCGGAGGUUCACCGGUCCAGAACUUCGCACAUCAGCGACACAUGUCAUUGAGCAACGUUCAGCAGAUGAGGAAGUCUCUGUCCAGAACGCCUCCACCUUUCGCGCGAAGCCCAUCCGGAGACUGGUCGCAGCAGUUGCAGAACCGCACUCCUCCAAGCCGACCUAACUCCAGGGGAGCAGGUGCAUUCCUGAAUUCUUACUCCGGAGGUGGCCUCAUAAACAGCAGCUCUGCUACCACCCUGUCCGCUCAAGAGCAGAUGCACGUCGCGCGGGCGACAGGUACGCCUCUUAUCAACAUGGCUACCGGCGGCAAAGACAAACAGGCUCCGCCGCAGGCAGGUCUUCUGGGCGCCAUUUCCGCUCGCGAGCAAGAGAAAUCAGCGUCAAGGCAGGGUGCCAGAAGUCAUGCGGUACAACAGGCGAUCGUUGCCAGGCAGCAGCAGCAAAUACAAGCGGAACGAGAAGCUCAGGCUCAAGUCCAGUGGGAGAUGCAGCAGCGAGCCCAGCAACAGAUGCAGGACCAGCAGCUGGCAUAUCAGCAAGCUAUGAUGAAUCAGCAACAGCAGAUGCAAAUGCAGAUGGCUGCUAUGUCUUAUCAACAGCAGCAGCAGAUGCAGCCUGCGCAAGCGCAGUCACAGCAGCAAUUCGAUAAUCGGCAAUCGAUGUACGGGCAGCAGAGACCGCAGUCGACGCAAUUUCCGUCGGGUUACAAUGUCAACGCCUCUACUCCACAAGUGGGUGGCUACGGUGGGCAGUACGUUCAGCAACAGCAGCAAGCGUAUGGUGGUGCGAAUUACUAUAAUAUGCAGCAGCAAGGACAGCCGCAGUCACAGUGGCAACAAGCUAGGAGGUGA